AUGUCUCUUUUACUCAGGGCUUCAGUCUAUGAUGCUGGACCACAAUUGCUAAGAGAUGUUUGGGGCAUUACAUCCGUUGCCAUCGUCGUCAUAAUUUUGAGGGUUAUCGCGAAGUUGCGAAUCGGGAAAUUUGGUGCCGAUGAUGUCCUCAUGGUCUUUGCCUUGUGCUUAGCAGUGAUCGGAUCGAUCAUGAUCACCUUGGCCAUAAAGCUGGGCUUCGGCCAAGAGUUAUCGAGUAUCAACACGCCGAAUGUCUCCAAAAUCAUCAUGCACGAUUAUUUGGCUCAAACAUUUGGACUUGCAGGCGGAGCUAUGGGCCGAAUAUCCUUCAUUGUCUUCAUCAAUGGCCUUCUUGUGCAGAAGAAAUCCCAUAGGAUUAUUCUGUGGAUCCUUGUUGGCCUUCAAAUUGUCGUCAAUUGCACCUUUAUCAUCAUAAUAUUUGUCCAAUGCCCAGGACAUACAUCCGCCAUCUGGGAUCUCUCUGGAAAGGCCAAAUGCUGGGAUCCACAUGUACAGGCUUACUACGGUUACUUUCAGGGAGCCUUCAAUUCUGCCACAGAUCUAUACCUUGCCGUGUUCUCGACAUGUGUAUUCUGGAAUUUGAAUAUGAAAGUUCGAGUGAAAGUAGGGCUUGUUGCUCUACUAGGAAUGGGAAUCUUUGCAAUGAUCGCAUCCAUCAUCAAAACCGUCCAGAGCCGUGUCCUUGCAACCUCAGACAGCGAACCGACAGUAGCAACAAUCCACUACGACCGCUGGCUAUUUAUUGAAACGUACUUGGUCAUUAUCACAGCAUCGAUUCCGUGCAUUCGAUCUCUCUUGCGACCGAUGAAUAGUCGAAAGAUAAGCAGCAAGGAUACGCAUGAGCUGAGUUCCCGUUAUGCAGUCAGCACCACGCGCUCAAGAACCAGAAGGAGGGAUUCCUCCCUUGACGGAAAGAGGAUCAUCGAUGGUUCUGAAGGAGAUCUGAGUAAUGAUGAAGAUGUUCAUGGGGGAUAUUGCCAUAACACCACGCCACAUCUGGGGGAGUCCACAGAAUCGGUCAUAAAUUGU